ACCUGGUAGUAGGCUGCCAGAGGAGGACGCGCGAGCCAUUGGGUGGAGCAGCGGCGCCGCGUGCUGCGGAAUAAAUUCGUGAGGGUCGUUAACGUCGCGAGCAGUCGCGCUUGCAGAUGCGGGUCGCCGAGUGCGCGCGCGAGACGCGGGGAAAUGGCGAACGGGCGCGGGCGGAGGGACGCCGUCUGAGGAUACAGUAGACACCGGGAGCGGAGGCUUGCGGCAGCGCGAGGGCAGACGGGAGGAGGAGGAGAACCAUGGAGGACGCGGAGCCCGCAGAGGACGGCUUGCUCGCGGGCUUGAGGUGGAACCGGAGCGCGCGGGACCAGGCUCAGCUCAAACACAAGAUCCGGGACCUGCCGGGGCUCCUCAAGCACGGGCUGCACCUGCGGAAGAAGAGCCAAUCACCUGACACUAUCCCGGGGCCGAGCGCCGGAUCUGCAGUGCACAAGUCUUGUUCCCAAAGUUUCCCGUGUGCUGGUCGAGCUGUGAGGAAUGCCUUUCUGUCGCAUGGACCGUACCCGGCUAAAGACAAGAUCCACCUGGCCAGAAUCAUACGGCGUAGUUAUGUGGGUGUGGAGCUGGUGCAGUGGCUAUGCGAGCAGUGUGUGUAUGUGCGCUGUCGAACAACUGCUGUGCGAGUCUGGCAGGUGCUGCUGGAACUGGGAGUCCUGCUGUCUGUGGACCAGCGUGUGGUCUUUUCAGACUCAAACUCCUACUACCAGUUCAGUUUUGAGGAGUGCGACUCUGCGUCAUGUGAGUUUCGCGCCAACGAGGGGGACUGGCCAGAGGCGGUUAGGCUCCUGCUACAACUCGCUCCCUAUGUCCAGUUCCGCUCUGGAGGCGGUGCCAACAGUCCGUCAAAGGAGGACUCUGAAGGCAACCGGGACAUCUGCAGUGAGAUUCUCCAGAUGAAAGCUCUCGAGAGGCUCACCUCCACGGUACAAAGUGAGUUGGCAGUUGCUCUUGCCCGAAAGACUCGCAAAGCCUUGUCAGAGCAGGACUCUGACACGUCAGAGACGAGCAAGCAGGAGCCGUCCACGCCGAGCGAAGAGAGCAGCCCGCUGGGUGGAGUAUGUGCACUGAGGGACGGCGGUGGCAGCGGCGGCGGCAGCGGGAUGGGCAGCGUCUGUGGCCGCGAGGAGCUCACCAGUCGCCUGGGGCUCGAAGCCGUCCAGCGGCUGGCCAAGGACGGCUGCCGGCUGCUCCAGAACCACAACUACCGGCUGCCUGACCGGAACCAGGCGGAGACGGUGGGGAGGGUUUGUCUAAAGGAGAGAGGGCGGGAUGUGCUGGUGUUACGGAGGGUGACGUCGUCCGUGACGUCGCCAUCGGACCGUCCCUCGCCAACAUCGUCAGGAGGCGGGUCCAGAGACGACGAUUGCGACAAGAGAUAUGUGGUGGUGUCGGGAACGCCGCUGAAGAUCUUGGAGCACCUGUUAAGUGACCUGCGGCUGGACGACCAAAGAGGGGCACCAGAGAGCAGGGAGAGCGAGAUGCUUCUAGACGACUUCCUGCUGACCUAUCUGGUGUUCAUGUCUACCAGUGACCUCUGUCAGGCUCUGCUGGGACACUAUAGCAGCCCCCGCUGCAGGGGCCAGGAGGAGGGCAAGGAUGCCCUCUUCAGGAAGCGCAAGGUGCUGCAGCUCGUAUCCCACUGGAGCAGGCUUUACAAGGAUUUCCUGAAGGAAGAGGAGCACGUCAGGAGCUUCAUGAAGACCCUGUACAGGUGCGUGUUAGAAGAUCUGUAUGAGUUUCCCACGCUGGAGAAAGACCUUAAGGAGUUCCAAAAAAUACUGCGUCGCAGACACACUGUGGAUGACUGCCCUCCUAACCAAAAUAGUAAACACACGUAUCAGCAGCUAAGCUUGAAGGAGAACAGUUUGCAGCCGCGAAGUCCACAGGCCGACACCAGAGAGGUGAUUUGUUGCGUGUACGUGAGCGCUGACUCCUACCUGAGUGUCCACACAAACCCGUCACUAGAGGCCCAUGAGCUGCUAAGGAUUGUGGGUAUGAAGACGGACCGAGCAGAAGAAGACAUGGUGCUUGCCGUAGUCUCGAACACCGGAGAGAGAAGGGUGUUACAUCCCAGUGACUGCGUGUAUUCUGAGUCCCUGACUCCACAGGGAAAGCUGGUGGCCUGUCGCAGGGACCUCACUGAGAUCUUGUCUCCUUUAACGGACAGCGCUGAGCUCAGCAGGAGGCCGGUGCGACUCUUAGGCAUUAACACGUGGGACGUGGCAGCUGCUCUCACACACCUGGACUGGAGCCUCUUCAAGUCCAUUCACGAGCAGGAGCUGGUCUACUACACCCUCAGCCGCGCUCCGGGCAGCGGCCACACGGCGGCGCUCUCGGUCCUGCUCCAGCGCUGCAACGAGGUUCAGCAGUGGGUGAUGUCCGAGGUGCUGAUGUGCGUGUCGCUCAACAAGAGAGUGCAGCUGCUUAAGAAGUUCAUCAAGAUAGCAGCUCAUUGUAAAGCCCAAAGAAAUCUGAACUCGGCGUUCGCCAUCAUCAUGGGUCUCAACACAGCCGCUGUCAGUCGACUCAACCAAACCUGGGAGAAAUGUCCAGGAAAGUUCAAGAAGCUUUUCUCAGAGUUGGAGCUAAUCACGGAUCCGUCUCUAAACCACAAAGCCUAUAGAGAAUCCUUCAAGAGGAUGAAACCUCCCAAGAUCCCUUUCAUGCCUCUUCUCUUAAAAGAUAUCACCUUCAUCCAUGAGGGAAAUAAGACUUUCCAUGACAACUUGGUCAACUUUGAGAAGCUGCACAUGAUUGCGGACACAGUGAGGAUGAUUCGCCACUGCCAAAGUGACCAGCCAGGUAACGAGGUGAUCGGCGUCGACAGCGCGGAGGUGAGGGCGAGCGUUCACUGCCUGCACAUCAUCGACAAUCAGCAGACGCUGUUCGAGCUGUCGCACAAACUGGAGCCGCGCGCUUGAAGCCACGCGCCGGCCCUCACCCUGGACGCACUAGCGCUGCGUGACGCGGGGGACGCUUUGUGCAGCAAAAGGCCACACGGUCAGCUAAACCAGCAGUGGAGCCACUCAUGACAUGUUUAUGACACUCACAAGGGAUUUAUACACUACACACUCCGUACACACCAUGUGAACUGAGACCUGGAUGGAGCAGCGAGAUGGAGCUUUGCCAGGAGGCUGUAAUUAUUUUGUACAGUAUCUGUGGGGCUGAAUAUGCCCUCCUUUUAGUUUUUGUGAUGAGCCUAUAGUUAUUUAUGCGCCUGUUCACCAGGUGGAAUGUUCCUUCAGUCGUUUUGCACCAGCCUGGAGGUCGACAAAGGCCAGGCGGCUUCUUCGUCAUUUCAGUUUAAACGUUAAAACCCUGUAGACGAGUUUGAUGUGUUUAUAACCCGAUGACCAAACUGGCCAUUUUUUUUCAUCCGUGCUUCACCUUCCCCCCGUGAUGCAUGUAUAUUGAGGGUACAUGCUGUAGUUGUUCAGGUGUGUGAUGUGGAGCGUUUUUGGUUAUUGUGUUGUAGCACUUUAUGUAACUUAGCAGCCAGUGCUGACGCAGUACAACACGUUUUACCUUUUUCUCACCGAGGCUCUGUCCUCUGACUUGGCAGGUGACAGCAGCUGCAUGUCUUCUACCUGACACGUGACGGAGGUGUUGACUGACUGUGACAUUUGAAACCCAAAAGCUCCUCUGAACGUGCCAGAGAUCAACUGUGAUUGGUUCCUAGUCGAUCUGACUUUUACCCACAAUACUUCCCAUGCACUCUGAUGGUUUUGUGUGUGUAGAUAAUGGCUAAUUGACAUUGUAUAUAAUGUGGACCUAUAGAUUUUUGGUGCCAAGUGUCACAUUAAGUCCUGCAGCACAGGUGCAUCAUGGUUUGUUCAGGAGUCCUCAGUGUCACACAUUUGCUUGAACGAGCCCUGGAGUGAUGUCUGGUCCUCAACCUUCAAGAGAUGCUUUGUGUGUGUGCUAUCCCACUCACCCCUGGUUGCUAUGGAAACACAGGCCCCAUCAUUUCAGCCAAAAAAACUACAUCACAGAAAUUUUAAGUAACUUAAGAAAAUCAUGAUUUCCCCAUUGGUUCUGAAAACCAAUGCUGACUGAAAAGAUGACUUUUUUUCUGAGAAAUCUUAUGUAAACUGUGAAACUUAACAGAGGGUGUGUACACAAUAAUGCAAGGAAUUAUACAGCAUUUUACUUAUUAAUGUUGGGCCUCCAACUGCUUGUUAGCAGGAGAAAUAUCAUGUCUGAAUUAAAAAAAAGUUUGUAUGUUAAAUCAUGUUGACAGUUAUUCCAACAGCCCAUCUUAACAAAACCCAUCACGCUGGCUGACUCUCAGCAAACAAAUAUAAUUGGUUGUGAAUCGGCUCUAUGAAAAUAAAACAGACAUGAAUUGAAUUCAUUCAGACAUUAUAAACAAGAGGUUGAAAAAAUGAUGUGCUUUCUUUAUACAGUUUCGUUACAGGAAGCUGUUUUCACCACUUCAGUGGUUCAUUCUGCCCAGUCAGGCAAACCCAACAAGUGAGCCUGUCUUGCAUUGUUGUGCAGUACAGUGUUGUUAUUCACCUUCAUCAUUUCAACAGGUUCAUGCUUCAGCUUGCCAGGACAUACUUUUUUAGCAGGACUCGGUGACGUCCAAAUGUCCUAAACAGGUUAUGUGUCAAGAAGUCUCUUUGUAUGUAUCGUAUACCUGUAUUGGUUGUCCAGGUGUUGCUCGAAAUUAUACAUAUGAAGAUUAUUUCUUUCCAGAGGUUAUUUGUAUCCACAAAUGUUACUUAUAACGAUUGUAAGAAUAGCAUUUAUACAUUCUGAGAAUGUAUUUCUCCUUCAAAGCCAGACUGUGUAACAAUUGUUAAAUAGCAGCCAAAGUUGCUUUUAGAUAACGUUAGGGGCUAAAUGCUAAACUACCAUUUCUGUUACUGAGCAGCAGUACAAGUAUGAUGAAAUAAGAGUCCCUUUCCAAGUUGCAUCACUAUUAUUAUGAUAACGUUUGCUCAUAUAACCAUGCCAAACGGAGUGGGAGGAACCGCCAAAUGACUAAGUCAGUGAUGUUUUAUUACUGGUUUUAAUUUGUAAGUGAAACGCUGUGUUGCUACUCGUCAGAGUUCCGGUCAGUGAAUAUUCAGCUGCUAGUGCUGAUAAAUCAGAGCCAUGUCCCUCAGUGGCCUGUGGUAGUAAUUACUGAUAUUAUCCUGUUCAUCAUGCGCACAUGCACAAUAUGUUACAUUAGUUAUUUAUUGUAAGCUACGUAUUGUUUAUUCUGUUUAUCCCUCCGAGGAGACAGAGGUGCCAUGUUGGAGGCAUAAUAAUGUGGCAGUGCACACUUAAUGAUUUAAAAGAGUUAAUGGCUUGAUGCUGCAAAGCAGGAAUGUAAUGCAAGUCCUUGUCAUGUUUUGAUGUCAGUGGAAAGAUGCUCGUCUCUUUCCUGUGAUGUCAAAAACUGUAAUGGAGAAAAAAAAACGGGAGACUGUAUUUAAUGUAAUUGUUAUGACUGUUUUUUUUUUUUGCAUGAUAAAAGAAAAAAUACAAUGUGAGUUCAAAGUUCACAAUGCAACAGAGGGCACAUUGAAGGCUUUGUACUACUGUAAUAUUGUUGUGUAAAUAUAUGCCAACGUUUGGUAUGUUGUUAUUAUUAUUAUUAUUAUUUACCUGUAAAAAAUUGGAACAACAGUGGACCACAGAGCAAUACGUGUCCCCUUGUGUCCCCCUAACCCUCAGACAGCUGAAGCCACAUGUCUUUUCUAAAGCUGCAUUUUACUAUGUCAAAGUUUUACUGAAGAUGAAUAAAUUAUAGGUUUUAUGUGACAUCUCCA